AUGUAGAAAUACGUUGCUCUAUCAGUACAGCCACUGUGGGACAAGUACAUAUUUGAAGAAAAUGUUGAUUCCGGCGCCUUUGGUUCUGUAAAAAAAGUUAAGAACACUUAAGACGGCAAAUUCUACGCAAUGAAAACUCAAAAUAUCAAAGCGCUAAUGACAAGAGUGCCAAACAAUUACAGCAAUGAGAUGGUCCGUAUAAUUCGAGAGAUUAACACAUUCAGACUAAGCCAUCCGAACAUAACAGAAUUCAAAGAAUCUUACUUCACCGACGAAGAUGAGUUUGCCAUUGUUACAGAGCUAGCAGAAACAAAUCUCCAAGCAUUCAGAGAAAACACACAGCUAAACAAUGCUCAGAUUGCUGACAUAAUGAUCUAGAUACUUAAAGGGACUAUCCAUCUCCACAACUAAAAUAUCAUGCACAGAGAUCUAAGUCCUGAUAACAUUUUAGUCUUUGAGAAUGGCUAAAGAUUCAAAAUUUGCGAUUUUGGAAUGGCCCAGUUGUUAUCCAGCACCAGAAAUAAAUUCAAGCGAGUAAUUCAGCUAUAGCACUUAAGUUGA